CGACAGCGACCGUUUAACUCCUCACAAAGAACCGCGUAUGCAGGCAAUGCACACUCUCAGCCAAGGAUAACUUUCAUUCUUUCAACCCUGGAUCUACCGCUGGUUGCAACUACAACCAUCGCUAUUCAAAAACGGACCAUCCGCGCGCAUUCUUUCAAACCCCAAUCAUGUCUAAAGAUCCCAAUCGCCCAAACAUUGUCCUUAUUCUAGCAGACAACCUCGGUUGGGGUGAGCUGGGCUGCUACGGUGGAGGCGCUCUUCGCGGUGCCGCGACUCCACGCAUCGAUGAUUUUGCGACUUCAGGGCUGCUUCUACAUAAUUUCAACGUGGAAAGUGACUGCGUUCCCACCCGCUCGGCUCUGAUGACGGGCCGCCACCCUAUUCGAACAGGUUGCAAGCAAUCCGUGCCUGCUGGGCAACCUCAAGGCCUUACACCAUGGGAGAAUACUCUUCCUGAGUGUUUACGAAAGGUGGGAUACGCAACUGCACACCAUGGCAAAUGGCAUCUCGGCGACGUACCGGGACGAUACCCAUCCGAUCGUGGGUUUGACGAAUGGUUCGGUAUUCCAAGGACGACCGAUGAAAGCCAAUUUACUUCAGCGGUGGGGUUUGAUGCUGAAGUUGCCGAAUUGCCGUACAUCAUGCAAGGCGUUACUGGCCAAGCAUCUGAAGAAGUCUGCGUAUACGAUCUCGAGAAGAGGCGACUGAUCGAUGAGAUGUUAGUUGAGAAAAGCAAAGACUGGCUGUCAAGAAAGGCGGCAUCUGAGGCGCCGUUCUUUUUAUACCAUCCACUCGUUCAUUUGCAUUUCCCCACUCUACCACAUCCAGACUUUGCGCGCAGAACAGGCAACGGAGAUUUCGCGGAUUCAAUGGCUGAGAUGGACUUCCGCGUUGGUCAACUCCUGGAUCAUAUCGACGAGCUUGGUAUCCGGAAGAACACAGUUGUUAUUUUUGCGUCAGACAAUGGGCCAGAAUUUCGUCCACCUUAUCGCGGAACUGCAGGUCCAUGGUCGGGAACUUACCACACAGCCAUGGAAGGUAGCUUACGUGUGCCGUUCAUCAUCAGGUGGCCUGGCCAAGUCCCAGAGAAUAUUACCUCUAAUGAGAUGGUGCAUGUCACGGACAUUUUCACCUCAGUUCUGGCGAUGGCUGGUGUCGCAAAGCCCAGUGAUCGACCCAUUGACGGGUUUGAUCAGGUAAAAUUCUUCCAAAACCCGACUUCAGUGAAAAGUGAACGCGAAGGUUUCCUAUUUUACAUCAAAGACGAUUUGCGAGCCAUCAAGUGGAGGCAUUGGAAGCUACAUCUGGUGUGGGAACCGAAGGUGAACCAGUCGUCGGGGCAAUUGGAAUCCCCUUAUCUGUUCAAUGUAAUGCGUGAUCCAAAAGAAGAAAGUGAUAUCUUGGCCUACAACACAUGGGUUUUGCAGCCAAUGAUGAAGCUCAAGGCGAGUUUCUUGAAAAGUCUUAAAAGCAAUCCUGCCCCAGUAGAUCCCAUGAAAGAUUUAUGAAUAUCUUAAAUAUUGUUACAAUCAGUCAAACAUAGCUU